GUGGUGGUGGUGAUAGUGGUGGUUAUGAAGAUAGUGAAUUGAAGGUGAAACGAAUGUAAGAAUGGUGAUGAGGAACUUAAAUUCGCCUGCACCACCACCAUCAUCACCACCACCACUACCCAGCACCACCCCCACCACCACCAUCACACACACCACCCCUACCACCACCACAACCACCGCGUCCUCUCCUUCCUAGCCUUCGAGAUCGGGCCGAAGCAGGGGAAGCCGAAGGAGGGACUCAUAUCGCUGGAGGAGAAGUUCAUCAUCGAGGACAACCAAUGGCCUCUAGAGUCUAGAGGAAUCCGAGGAGGGCAGGAACUUCAGGACAUGGAUGGAGGUCUACCACGAGAAGAUGACCGAGGCUUCGCGGGAGCUGCUGAGCCUGAUCGCGGAAGGUUACGGAGCACCCAGCGACUUCUACGCCGACAUCUUCAGGGAUCCGCAUCUCUCCACGCUCCGGCUCAUCCGCUACCCGGCCAGACCCAACCCGACAUAUGAAGCCCGUGACGGUGACGCGGUGAUCCAGACGGCCGAACACCAGGACACCACGAAGGUCACGCUGCUGGCCACCUUUGCCGAGUACCCGGGGCUGCAGGUUCGCUGGUGGAAGGACGACUCCAUCAUCGACGUGACGCACAAACCCGGCCACCUCGUCAUGAACAUCGGCCAGCUGCUCUCCUACACCAGCGGCGGGGCUCUCAAGGCUACCAAACACCGCGUGAUCGACUGCUGUGGUGAUAGGCUGUCCGUCCCAUUCUUCCUGGGGCCACGGUUCCACGCCAACGUGAACGUGGUCCUGCCAGGGUGCGAGCAGAGGGAGAGUCAGCCCAAGUACUACGGCCACUGGCUCUUGGAGGGGAUCAGAAAGUGGGCCGAAUACAAGGAUCUCUGCAGGCGAAUCGAAACACGGACCGCGAAGACACUGUAUGAGGGAGAAGAAGAUGAGGAUGAA